GGCGGUCCUCCGCAUGCUCAGGGCCACGCCGCAUGCACCUGAAGGCCGACAUCACCAGGCAGCAUCAACCCAACGCCGCCGUGCCUUCUUCUACGUACUCACCGCUGCGCCAUCCCCUACGCUUCAACCCCUUCUUGACACCAAGAGUCCUCCUUAUCUUCCAUCUCGGCCCGCCCGCUUGAGUUGCCAACCCAGAGCUCUAAGCUCCCCACACGACACCUCCGCUCACCGCCGCACCCCUCGUCGCAACUCGUCUACAACCACAACCACGACCACUUCACACCACCGCAGUCAUGCACGACCCUUUCCCCUUCCCGUGUCCUGAAUAUGUCGUCAAAUAUGUUCAGCCCGUAGCAGACGCCCUCCAUCUGCAGUCUCUUCCCCUCCACUUCCAUGAAGUAGUUAUUGCCUACUCGCUCUAUCAUGGAACCUACACAUACGUUGCGCCUGUCAUCAGCCGCUACUUCUUCCCAACGAUUUACCCGCAAUUCACGGCGCGUACGAAGCUGAACUGGGACGUGCACAUUGUUUCGUUCCUGCAGAGCACAAUCGUCUGCGGGCUGGCGCUUUAUGUUAUGCUGGCAGACGAAGAGAGAGAUCAGAUGGGAGAGAUGGAAAGGGUGCAUGGGUACACUGGAGGAACAGGCCUUGUUCAGGCCUUUGCUGGAGGCUACUUCUUGUGGGAUUUGGUCAUCACAGUGCAGAAUGUCGGUGUGUUCGGCAUUGGAAUGCUCUUCCACGCCAUCAGUGCUCUCUGCGUGUUCUCGCUGGGAUUCCGACCUUUCGUGAACUUCUACGCCCCAACGUUCAUCCUCUACGAGCUCUCUUCUCCCUUCCUGAACAUCCACUGGUUCUGCGAUAAGCUCUCGCUCACCGGCUCGACCCUGCAAUUUGUCAACGGCAUCUGCUUGCUUCUCAGCUUCAUGUCUUGCCGUCUGAUCUGGGGCUCAUACCAAUCCGUCCGCGUCUUCGGUGACAUCUGGACCGCGUACCAUGCAGGUCCCGUCACUUUUCUCGACCCCAACAUCAAAUCCUUCGACAAUGCAACGGCAGUCGAUGCAGGCCCAGUAGAGCGAACCGACAUCCUCCGCUUCGCAGACGGACACACCGUCCCCCUCUGGAUCGCGUUCGCAUACCUCGCCUCCAACAUCGUGCUCAAUGGCUUGAACUGGUUCUGGUUCACUAAGAUGAUCGAGACGCUGCGCAAGCGCUUCGAUCCUCCGCUGGGCACCAAACGCGCCGAGAAGCCGACGCACAUCGAGAUUCCCGAGAACGAGAAGGUCUUGAUCGAGGGAAUUCACGUUGGCACACCGGGUGUUGGAGCAGAUGGAAAGGUGAUGGUGCCCGAGCACUACGGCAUCAACGGAGAAGGAGACGUGGUUAAGGUUGAGAAGAAGCAGACUCAUCUAGAGGUUGAGGGACGCGAGGUCAGGAGCCGAACAAGUACGAGGAGAAGAGGGUGAGGAACGAUGCUUGGGUGCUGUGCUGGUGAGGGGUCGCAAGGGUAUCUUGCCAUGUUGUUUGGAUAAUACACAUUCGCAUUUACUUCUCCAGUAUGAACAUCGCUCUUCG